AUGCUGACGGUGCUGAUUUCCAUCCUGUUGGUGGCUGGGGCUGCCGGGUGUGGGCGGCCAGCCUACCCUCCCCACAGCCGGGUGGUGAACGGCAAGGACGCUGCGCCUUACAGCUGGCCCUGGCAGAUCUCCCUCCAGUACGAGAGAGAUGGGGUCUUCCGUCACACCUGCGGAGGGUCCCUCAUUACCCCCGACUGGGUGAUGACAGCUGCCCACUGCAUCUCGCGAUCCCGCACGUACAAGGUGGUGCUGGGGGAGUACGACUUCACCGUGGAGGAAGGGCCUGAGCAGCACAUCCCCAUCAAGUCCGAAGACAUUUUCGUGCAUCCCGACUGGAAAUCCGGCUGUGUGUCCUGCGGCAGUGACAUCGCACUGCUGAAACUCUCCCACCGGCCCGUGCUGAAUGACAAAGUCAGCUUGGCCUGCCUGCCCCCGCCGGACGUCGUCCUGCCCAACGAAUACCCGUGCUACAUCACCGGCUGGGGACGUAUUUCCACUGGAGGGCCUCUGCCCGCCAAGCUGCAACAGGCUUCCUUGCACGUGGUGGACUACGAGCACUGUAGUAAGCCGGACUGGUGGGGAGGCUCCGUCCGGCAGAGCAUGGUCUGCGCUGGGGGAGGCAUCCGAUCCGGCUGCAACGGCGACUCCGGCGGCCCCCUCAACUGCCAGGGCGUAGCGGGGCGGUGGUACGUCCACGGGAUCGCCAGCUUCGUGUCCGCGUUGGGCUGUAACACCCCGAAAAAGCCCACCGUCUUCACCCGGGUCUCUGCUUUCAACGAGUGGAUCCAGAAGACCCUCAGGGGAGAGUGA